UCAGUUAUUUCGCUUCACUAGCGAUGUGUCAGUUCCAUUCUUGCUUUUAUUAACGCCAAAAGAAUAUGUCUAUUUAUCGAUAAAUUAAACAGAAAACAGACUAUAGAACGAAAACUAAAUUUUAAAAACGAAAAAAUGGAUUCGAAAAUACAUUCACCGCCAUCUCCUCCUCCCGCAUAUAAUCAAGCGAUGCAGAAUACCGAUAAUGAGCAACAGUUUGGGCAAAGCCAACAGCCGCAACAACAACAACAGCAACACUAUCAACCUCCUUACCAACAGAAUGCAUUUCCAAUGCAUCAAAUGCCUCCAACGGUAGUUAACGAACAGAUGGUUUCAGUAAUUAUGUCUCCUCAAGUCGGUCCUGACCCACAGAUGAUUACCUGCCCGUCUUGCCGAGCGUCAGUAAUAACUCGAAUGGAAUACGAACCAACUACCAAAACACACAUUAUGGCAGGCUUACUAUGUGUGUUCUGUUGCUGGUGUUGCGUCUGUGUCCCGUAUUGCGUUAAUUCGUGUAAAAAUGGAAAUCAUUUUUGCCCUAGCUGUGGUGCGUUCAUUGGAACAUACAGCUCAUAAAAUUGUGAUAACUUACGCAAUUCUCUAAUUUGUUUUUAAUAUUCCUUACACGUAUUUCAUUGUAUUGAUAUCUGUAACAAUUAUUAGUUAAUUAAACGUUGUAGCGGCUAGUCAUCUGUUAACGACAACAAAAAAUAAGGUUU